AUGGCGCCGUACAACUCUGACCCGAGCUCUUUCCCCGAUCCAGUGGAUCUUACGCAUUUCCUGUCACGCAGCACGAGAGCGCGCGAAGCUUCUUCUGUCAAACAGUUCUACAAGUACUUCCAGAUUCCCGGCAUCGCCCAAUUAGCUGGAGGUCUCCCCAACGAUCACUAUUUCCCCUACGACACGCUCGAGGCCAAAGUCGCACAGCCGAACCGAUGGCAGCCAACGCCCAACAAGCCCGUCGAUCCGCCCGCCGACGAUCCUCCGACCGCCCAACUCGCGAAGACAUGCAUCGCAGAGCGUAGAGAGAAGGAGCCACCUGCGUCGCGCCUCGUCGUACCCAAGUACUCCAAUGUGCCAGAUCCCCUGCGCAUGAUCGACCUGAAGUCUGCACUGCAAUACGGCCAGGCUCUGGGAUACCCCGCACUAUACCAGUUCAUUCGGCAGUUCACGAGGGAGAACCUACAUCCUUUCGUCCCAUACAAGAACGGGCCAGAGGUCAUCUUGACCUGCGGCUCUACCGAUGGCUUCUCCAAGACGCUGACAGCGCUCAGCAAUGAGUGGUCAGCCGAACAUGACCCUGUCGACGAGAGGCCAGGGCUGCUGUGCGAGACAUAUUGCUAUAUGAACGCCAUCCAGACCGCCCGGCCACGAGGCUUCAACAUUGCGCCAGUAGCCAUCGACGACGAGGGAAUGAUGGCGCAUGGAAAGGGUGGUCUGCAAGAUGUUCUAGAGAACUGGGACUACUCAAAGGGCCGCCGCCCACAUGUCAUGUACACCGUCACCAUUGGCCAGAACCCCACAUCAGGCACCUUAUCGGUACAGCGCAGAACCGAGAUUUACGCUCUCUGCGUCAAGUACGACAUUAUCAUCGUCGAGGAUGACCCAUACUGGUACCUGCAGUACCCGUCCUCGUCGCCUAGCAGCGUUCCUCCCAAGCCUACUAAAUCUUCUGGCUUCGAAUUCCUGGACAGUCUCAUUCCUUCAUACCUCAGCGUAGACUACCAGGGUCGCGUUGUUCGUCUCGAUACCUUCUCCAAGACGGUAGCCCCCGGGUGCCGUCUUGGUUGGAUCACCGCGCAGCCUGCACUCGUAGAACGUCUCCUCCGCAUUACCGAGACCUCGACCCAGCAGCCCUCAGGCUUCGUGCAGUCCAUGAUGGCAGAACUGCUCAUGGGUCCUCAAGCCUCGAACGAUCCUGGUAAGGGCGGCGCAGCCGAUGGCAGUGGCUGGAAAGUGGAUGGAUGGGUGCGCUGGCUGGAAGGCCUCCGAGGCAACUAUGAGCGUCGCAUGCAGAAGAUGUGCGACACACUGGACGCUGGAAAGGAGGCUGUAAAAGCUGGCCGCCGGAGGAGUCUCGUCGACGUCGCUGACGAAGAGGAUGACUGGGCCGUGGUCGAGAAGACGCAGAUCUACUCCUUCGUUCGACCUCUUGGCGGCAUGUUCGUGUGGGUGCGCUUCGACUUCGCGUCCCACCCGCUCGCCAAGCAGGUACCUGCCGCCCGCCUUUCUAGGGCUCUGUGGGUCUUCUGGACCUCGAAACCCUACCUAUGUCUCGUAGCUCCCGGUACAAUGUUCGCAGCCAACGAGGAGAUCAAGGCAAUGGACAGCUUCAACUGCUUCCGGUUGUGCUUCGCCGCAUGCCCUGCGGAAGAUGUAGAUGAUAUCAGCAAGAGGUUUGUAGAUGGCGCGCAAGCAUUCUGGAGGAUUAAGAGCAAGAGUAAGAUUGACAAAUUAUUGGAAGAGGAGGAGGUAGCGGGCGUGGAUCACGUUGCGGGUAUGGCGGUAUUGACCGGGAUGUGUUAA